AUGCGUCUCCCAUACAUACCAGAUGAUCCGCAGCUGCCCUCUGCAGUGGACCAAGCCAUAGUCGAACGAGUGAAGGAACGUCGAGGUGGCAAACUCCUGGAGCUCGACAAGGCACUGCUGCAUGCUCCACCAAUAGCAGAUGGCUGGAACAGCUUUCUAGGAGCCAUAAGAACAAAGGGCACUCUGCACGCGAGCAUUCGAGAGCUGGCCAUCAGUCGUGUGGCCGUGUUGAAUCAGGCGUGGUAUGAGUGGGACCAUCACGUGCCGCUGUUGAAGCAGGCGGGUGUGCUAAGCGAGGAGCUGGCAGAGAAGGUCAAAGAUAAGAGCUGGGAAGGCGAGGGUUUGGAUGAGAAGCAUAGAGCUGUGCUGGAGUAUACUGAUGCCAUGACUAUCGGAUGUGUAGUCAGUGAGCCAGUGUCCGCGAGGUUGAGGGAGCUGUUCAGUGAUAAAGAGGUGGUGGAGGUUACUGCGACUGUGGCGGCGUAUAACUGCGUCAGCCGGUUUUUGGUCGCCUUAGAUGUCGGCGAGAUGUCCCAGAAAUAUGGUGUCGAUAUGAAAUGA